GAAAUUCAUGUAGCCUAGCUCUCAUGCAGUUUUAAUGACAAAAAAGAGAGAGAAAACCGAGGGAAUCUGGAUACGCGUGUGAAUAUUUCAUGCAUGAAAGGGUUAAAAGGCGAUGGAAACUGUUGCAUGAAUUCUAAUUAAUGCACAUGUAUGGUGAAAGUGUGCGCGCGAGACAGGUGCAGCUUAAAAUUCCUCAACUUGUUACACUGUCGCGAGGUCGCGUGGAUAAAUACAGCGCGCGCAGGGGCUCGUGCGUUUUCACAGCUUUACUACCUCGGACAUGCAGCGGGACUUUGGAGACCGUCACACCCGUCCCAGAGACUUCUUCAUGUGGCAUGACUAUUUGGGUCUCAGAACCAUGGUGGCCCGGAUGAUGCGCACGGGUGAGAUCGGACAGCUCGAGUCUUCCUCACAAGGCGCGUGGACGGGGCUCGAGGAGCGCUCCUGGUGCCCUGAUGCGACCCCGGGAACUUCAGGUAGCAGUGCGCGCUCGCCGGGGAGCCAGGGCCUCGGGCAGACCGUGGAGAAAACCGUGUGCGGCUUCUGCAAGCAGAAUGGAGAGAGCGCGGAGAUCUACACGAGCCACCGGCUGAAAGCGCGCAACGGCCGCGUGCUGUGUCCCGUCCUGAGGAGCUACGUGUGUCCGAUCUGCGGAGCCACCGGGGACGCGGCGCACACCCGCCACUACUGCCCCGCGCGCGAGCUCGCGCACAUCCCCUCUGACGUCAUCGCCCCUGCAGUGGACUCGCGGUACCUGAAGCUCGUUAACGAGGUUCCUGUUAAGACCGGAUCUCAGGCCAUGUCAAUGUAAAUUAGUUUAUUUUAACACUGGACAUGGCAAAUAGUUCAUGUUUAAAUGUCUAAAUGUUUUCCUGAUGGUUUUGUAUGGAUGAAAAAUUAUAGGCCUAGUAAAAAAAAAUAAAAAUAAAAAUACACAUAUAGCUAAAUAUAUUAUAUAUAUUAUAUCUUGCCUA